CAACCUCAUUGGAUUUUAAAAAGGAAAAUAGACCUUCACGUGUUGCAGGAUUUUUUUUUCGUUAUAUUCAGCUGCAUGUAUUUAAAAUUGGAAAUGUGUCUAAAAAAAGGAUUAUGAUGUUAAAUGCAAAAUCGAGCGGUGUAAUCAGAAUAUCAUCCUUUGAUUAUAAUAUUAGCCAAAAAGCAUCGUUAGCAAAAUAGCAGAAGCUGAGCAUGACACCUGCCGGCUGCUGGAGGAUUAUUGGCCUUUUUAAAAACGUUGUCAGGCGACGAGUGUACCUCAGGUGUCCUGUCGUCUCUGGUCAGGCUUGGCUGUGCAGACCGUUCGGCAGCUGUCUUGUCACCGGUUUCGAGGACACAAUUUUCGCUUUGUCUUCAGGACGAGGUCGUUGUGGGGUAGCCGUCGUGCGCGUGAGCGGACCGGAUGCUGCCCGAGCUCUGCGCGCACUGACCAGCCUGAAGCGCGCGCCGAACCCCCGCACUGCGCUCCUCCGCAACAUCACCCACCCCACAUCUCAGGAGCUGCUGGACCGGGGCCUUGUUCUGUGGUUCCCAGGUCCUCGCAGUUUCACAGGAGAAGACAGUGCUGAGUUUCACAUACAUGGAGGACCUGCUGUCAUUAAUGGUGUUUUACAAGCCCUUGGGAGUCUGCCCGGGCUGCGGCCUGCAGAGGCAGGGGAGUUUACCCGACGUGCGUUCCAUGCUGGAAAGUUGGAUUUGACUGAAGUAGAGGGGUUGGGGGAUUUAAUCCAUGCAGAGACUGAAGCUCAGAGAAGACAAGCACUCAGGCAGAUGGCGGGGGACCUCGGGCGCCUAUACAACGACUGGAGUCAGCAGCUCAAACAUUGUUUAGCACACCUGGAAGCUUUCAUUGACUUCAGUGAGGAUGAGCUCAUAGAGGAUGGAGUCCUAAAUCAAGUGGACAUUGCAGCAUCGAAGCUACAAGUGGAAAUACAGAAGCAUCUUUCUGAUGAGCGACGAGGCGAACGACUGCGCAAUGGUGUACAGAUGGUCAUAGCCGGAUCAACCAAUGUGGGCAAGAGCAGCCUUUUCAAUUUACUGUGCCAACGUCCUGCAGCUAUUGUGUCUCCGAUACCAGGGACCACCCGUGACGUUGUAGAGACGCCACUGGACAUCGGAGGUUUUCCGGUUCUGUUGAGUGACACUGCAGGUUUAAGGGAGACGGACGAUUUUGUGGAGCAAGAGGGUGUCCAGCGUGCCCUAAAAAGGGUGGAAGUGGCAGAUCUGACUCUAGUGGUCCUCGACUCAACACAGCUUCCUCAGGAGCCUCAGAUGGUGCCAGAUUUCCUGAAAGACUACCUCAACAAUGUGCUGCCAAAAGAGACUGAUCAGGAUCACAUGCCGCAGCAUCUCCUGAUCCUUAACAAAAGUGAUCUACUGCCUAAUGAACAUCUUAGCAUCAUCCGGAAAGCCCUUAGUGACGUGUUACCUGUGGCUCCAGUCAGUAUUUUAUCAUGCAGUACCAGAGAAGGGCUAGCUGAUUUCUUAAAAGUGUUGCAGGAGAGAGUUAAGACAAUGUGUGCAGAUCCACUGGUCGGUAGUCCAAGUCUAACGCAAACUCGCCAUCGGACUAACCUGCAAAAGAGUGUUGAGGCCUUGAGUCAAUAUCAUAAGUACAGAGAUGUGGACCUGGCACUGGCAGCAGAAGGACUGCGCUUAGGUCUUAGCUGCUUGGGUAGAAUCACUGGCAAGAUUGGCACUGAAGAGAUUUUGGAUGUGAUUUUUAGAGAUUUUUGCAUUGGGAAAUAAAUAGAACAAUGUGCACAGUC